GGCACUUCGAGAACAUCCUCAAGCCGCACGAGCACCGUGAACGCAUACUGAUCCUCUCGCAUCCCAACGAGGCCGGACCCAUCCUCCAGUCCCGCUUCGUGAGUCUCGGCCUCCUGAUCUCCAUCUGCGGUCGUCAGCCAAGGACCAGAGCCCCCAUAAACAGAGCCAGGAAGUAGGCUCUUCGAGUUGCAGGCGACACAUUUGGAUACGUUGUUCCUUCCCGAUUUGCUGGCCCUUGCCGAGUGUCCAGGAUGUGCAAUUCGUGCUGCAACAAGUGCCAAUUCAAUCCGUUCUACAUCGGACCCUAUCCCCAGUGCGCAUGCGGGCCGUGCCCCUACGGGUGCUACUCGGGCUACACGCCGUGCGGCUGGCGCCACUGCUGCUGAGGGGCCAGCACGUUGUGAACACUCAGCAAACGUCAGGAGGCGGGAAGAGAAGGCUAACUAUCCAAAUUUGUUUUCUGUGCCAAUAAAAAAGUAAUCCCACACCCAAA